AUGGCAGCCGACAAGACGGCCAAGUGGGAGCAGCAGAUCCAGCGCAACCCCCACCCCGACUUCAAGAAAGUCGAAGCUUCCCGGCCGCCCUUUGACAGCAGCAAAACCUUCAACUACACCCAAACGCCCGAUCCCAACUGGACCUUUGGCUCAGGCGCCAACUCACUCUCCUCAUCAUCAGAAACACAACCAGGGACGAAAGACCAAGAGAACGAAAAAUCCCACCGAGCAAUUGACCCGUACGCCCCCGGCCGCCCAGCCGGGCUAAACUACAAACUCCUCAUCUCGGCCAUCGUCCCACGGCCGAUCGCCUUCCUUUCAACACGCUCUGCCGACGGCCAGACAACCAACUUAGCCCCCUUCAGCUACUUCCAAGUAAUCGGCCACGACCCGCCGCUGUUCACCGUGGGGUUCGCCUCGGCGCUGACCGAUUCCGCGCGGGGGACAAAAGAUUCCCUGCGCAACCUGCACGAGCGCGGGGAGUGUGUCAUCAACAUCGUCUCCGAGUCCUUCGUCGAGGCCGCCAACAGCACCAGUGUUAACGCGCCUUAUGGUGUUAGUGAGUGGGAUGUCAGCGGGUUGACGCCGGUUUAUGAUUGCCAGACUGUGCCGGGUAUUGCGAGGGUUAAGGAGGCGGUUUUUGCCAUCGAGGGCAAGCUGGAGAGUCUGCGCGAGUUUGAGAGUCGGGUUGAGAAGGGUAAGGUUACGGCUACGCUGGCUAUUAUUGAGGGGACGAGGUUCUGGGCGAGGGAGGAUGCGGUUAAUGAGGAGGGGAGUAUUAUCGAUCCGAAGGUGCUCCGGCCGAUAAGCAGGCUGGGGGGUAUUACGUACGGUAGGGUGACGGAGGGGUUUGAGCUCCCCAGGCCGGACUUUGAGAAGGACCUCGGCGGCAUGGAGGGCGCCAGCAAAUUGAAGAGCAAACACCCAGCUAACUAA